AUGGCAGGUCUUGGACGCUUCUUCCUGUUUGGUGUGGCGCUGAUCGUGGCAAUCAUAGCGUUAGCUUGGCCGCAAAUCGAGCAUCACCUUAUCAACAAUGGGUAUAGCUGCCCUUACCCCUUUUCCAUGCUGUUGAGCGGUAAAGGUGCCGAGAACGAAGCGGUGGCAGAGGCCGAAGAGCUGCCCAAGUUUACGCUGGACGAGCUACGUCUAUUUGACGGGUCGGACGAAGAAAAGCCCAUCCUCCUUGCAGUUGGUGGCAAAGUGCUGGACGUGACGACAGGUGCCAAUUUUUAUGGCAAGGGAAAGUCCUACAACCUAUUUGCUGGAACGGCCUGUACGCGUGCUCUAGCACUGGGCUCGCUCGACAAGGAGGAGAUCAAUGAUGAUAUCUCGGGUUUUAAUGAGGAACAGAUGAAGGAACUGGUCGAGACGAAAGAGUUUUACUACGGAAAGUACCCGAUCAUUGGAGAGCUGAUCUGA